GAUUGCCUUGAGUGAAGAGAUCCUAAGUAUAGAACGCAGCAGACAACAUGCCACGCCGUCGUCUUGGACCAUUACCACAAACCAAAACACCUAAAUGGGCUCUAGUUCUGUUCGACUGGGAUGGAUGUACAGCUGUCGUUGAAACAAAGCGGUUUGAUAAUCAGCAGAAUUUACAGACUGGCUGUCAGACGAAUUUGUCCUUUGAGGGGAGAAUACACCUGGUGGAGAUUCUCACUCUGACAGACUCCGAACCUCAAGUGUACAACAGAGACAAGGAAUGGGGUAGAGGAGUCAGGGCACAUGCCAUCUCAGCCACGAGGGAUGCAAGAGAGAUGUGUCGAAAAGAAAAGUAUGGUGGCUUUCUGGAUAUCAAGGAGGAUAGCGAGAGUGAAGAGGAUGAAGCUGAGAUUUUUGUAAGGAAGACAAAACAGCCAAAGAAGCAGCCUAGAGUGGUACUUUCAAGGUUGUCGACACCAGUUCCAACAAAAGACAAAGGAACCACUGUUCAAGAGGUAAUCUUGUCUACUUAG